CCUCCGUCCUCCUCCGGUUUCCCGAGCUCUGGUUCUAUCGCCGGCCAUUGAUCUGCGCGAGAUUUCUUACUCUUAGCGAAGAUUCCUCGAUCUGAAGCCUUGCUCUUCGAUUCGGCGAUGGCGGAGGCGAACGACGCGGCGGGGCGGCGUGCGGCGUGCGAAUACUGCGGCGAGGCGCCGGCCGUGCUUUUCUGCCGGGCGGACUCGGCUAGGCUUUGCGUGGCUUGUGACCGCCUCGUGCACACGGCCAACACCCUGUCUCAGAAGCACGUGCGCUCGCUGAUCUGCGACAACUGCGGGGCGAUGCCAGCCGCUGCUCGGUGCGUCGCCGACGGUCUCGCCCUCUGCGCCGACUGCGACUGGGACUCGCAUGGUGGAUCCGAAGACGGAGGCGGCGGAGCGAACCAUCGCCACCACCACCACCCGGUGGUCCCGAUCGAGGGGUUUUCCGGAUGCCCCACCGCUCUCGAGCUCGCCGUCUCCUGGGGUUUCGAUCUCGCUGCCUCCAAGGAUCUAGAUCAUCCCCCUCCUCAACCUUUAAACCUUCCUCCCGAUCAGUUUCUCUUCGAUUGGUCGUCUUUGGAUCCAGUUCCAGGAGCCGAUCUAGAGUUUAAGGACCUCUAUGUGCCAUGCGCCCCCAAAAUCCAGAGCGUGGGGGUUAAGCGGCCAAGGAACUCCCACAAUAUGCAUCAGCUGUGCCAGCAACUGAUGGAGAUUUCCAGGACGGAACUGGCCGCUGCCGUGGCCGGCGAUGUUAGCCCGAGUUCGCCGUGCCGGACUGCUACAGGAAGCUUCGAAGAUCUCCAGGAGUCUCAGCCAAUGCCGUUCACCUCACUGCUCAUGCUUCCACCGACAGAGCUGAAGGGGAGCGAUCGGCUCUUGGAGGAGAACGAUCUGCCGUGGGAUUACGGACCCCCGGAAAAUUCCGCGCAGAUAUGGGAUUUUAACCUUGGGAGAUCAAGAGACCAGAAGGAAUGUAGUGCACUUGAAAUGGCAUAUGGCGCCCACAACGCUGGUUUCAUGAUCAAGAGUUACGAUGAUCUUCUCAAGGAGAAUUCAUUCACAACUAAGAAAAUGGUGGAUGACAUAGGCGACCCAAGUUGUCCCUCCUCAAAUGAUGACAUCUUGUCAUUUAAUGCACACCACGUACAGUCUAAUAACCAGAACACAGCAAAGCCUGCAGCCAAAUUGAAGCACAAUUCAACCUACUCAGUUAAAGGACCAACAUCCUCGGUAAACAUGUCGACUGUACUAUUUACUUCAUCGCAAGAUCAUGGCAGUGUCAAACAAAUUUCUUUCGGUGAAACAUCAUCCGGCAAUGACAUGAUCAAAGAAACAAAGAUGGACAGCGAGCUGUUGGCGAAAAACAGGGGCAACGCCAUGAUACGCUACAGGGAGAAGAAGAAAACUCGCAGAUACGAUAAACAGAUUCGUUAUGAGUCUAGAAAGGCAAGAGCUGACACGAGGAAGAGAGUGAAGGGUCGAUUUGUGAAGUCCACCGAGGAGGAAUAGAUGUUGGAAACGGGAUAUAAAUGGAGUUGUGAUCAAAGGUAACCUGUAAAUAGGCCAGGUAUUGUUGCUGAUCAAAGUCUAAAUUGUUCUGGUUUGAUGUAUAGCUCCUAGUCCAGUUAUUUGAGUAUCAUACAUAGUUGCCAGCUGGAUAGAAAAUUUUUAAAUGUUCUCUUAUCUAGGAGGACGUUCGAUACUUAAUUUGUCUGGCUUCAUCUCGAUGUUUUGGGAUCCUUGAUAAGGGACGUUUGGGGUGAGUGAAA